AUGGACGACCCAAGGAAGACGUGGCAGCUGGACAAUGCCGUCAACCUCACCGACGCCACUCGCGAUCAGCCCUACGCCUACUCGGUCGACCAGCAAAAGGACAUCAACAACAAGAAGCCAUGGCGCAGCGAUCCCAACCACUUCAAGCACGUCCAGAUCUCGUCCGUCGCUCUGACCAAGAUGGUCAUGCACGCCCGCUCCGGCGGCAGCAUUGAAGUCAUGGGCCUCAUGAUCGGCUACGUCCUCCACGAGACCUUUGUCGUCACAGACGCCCUCCGCCUGCCCGUCGAAGGAACAGAGACCAGAGUCAACGCUCAAGACGAGGCCAACGAGUACAUGGUCAAGUACCUCGACCGUUCGCGUCAGGCAGGCCAGCUCGAAAACGCCGUCGGCUGGUACCACAGUCAUCCUGGCUACGGCUGCUGGCUCAGCGGUAUCGAUGUCUCGACCCAGUACACACAGCAAACCUUCUCCGAUCCUUUCGUCGCCGUCGUCAUUGAUCCCGACCGCACCGUCAGCUCUGGUAAGGUUGAGAUCGGUGCUUUCAGGACCUACCCCGAAGGCCACGUCCCUUCCGACUCCGGCUCUGCUGGCGAAGGCAUGGCUGCCGUCCCUCUUGCGAAGGCUGCCGACUUUGGCGCCCACGCAAACAGGUACUACUCGCUCGAAGUCACCCACUUCAAGUCGGCACUCGACAGCACUUUGCUAGAAGCCCUUUGGAACAAGUACUGGGUCCAGACUCUAUCGUCUUCGCCUCUGUCCACCAACCGCGAAUAUGGAACCAAGCAGAUCGAAGACCUGGCAGGCAAGAUCAACCAAGUCACCCAGAACGCCAAGCACAGAGGUUCAAUGUCGAUGCGUCCGGGCGCCAAAGGCGAUGCGGCCAUGGACAAGGUCGUCUCUGCCGCCGACAAGAUUGCCAACGAGGAAAAGACUGGUCUGCUGGCUGCUCAGGUCAAGGAGAAGGUCUUUUCGGCCCCUGCAGAGAGCACGAGUAUUGGUGACGGUAAUGGAAUCGAGGUCAAGAUGCAGGAGGCCAUGGAAGAAUAG